ACAUUCCGCGCGAUCCGACUGCUAUGCUCUACACAUUCUUCUACCUCAUCGGGGAGAUCAUAACAAAGAGUCUCUUCCCUGCCUCUCAAUUCUUCCCCUCCUUAUCCAACAUGCUUCCUGUCUGUUCUUUCACCCGGUUUUGGCCUCUUCGUGGCUUGUAGUUCCCUGUCUUGUCGGGUGCUUCACUCUGCUCAACCUCCUCUCAGCAUCAUUUUCGCCCUGACUGGACAGAAAGCCGUCGACAUUGCAAAGAGGUGCGAAUAAGAGCUUCAGAUUCGGUCCUUUGAAUGGGUUAAGCGUUCUGAGACGCUCACAAAACCAGGGUCGGUCGGGUCGAGUCAGGAGAAAGCAGGAGAGGAGCAGCCAUGCCGCCACUGACCACCGUCAUUGCGAUAGCCGUCAGCUGUUCGGUUCUCUUCAUCGUCGCUGCAGUCGUCGGAACAGUCAUCUGGGUUAGAGUCCGGCAUGAUCGCUUGUCCCUCGCGGUGGCAAAUGCCAAACACGGUCAGUUUGGCUUGCAGCACUACCAGGCGGAGACGUUGACCGAACUCUCCCGGGAAGAGGGCACGGCACUUCGACAAUAUGGCCAACUUCCAUACGGCAAACCAUCGGAGUGGGGAGUGCUGUCGUCUCGGGAAAGUCUACCUACAUCGCCGGGAGAUUCAGAGUCAUCCUCCCCUCGGAAUGAAAAGGCGCGUCGGCCAAUGUCUCGUUCCCUGUCGACUCGUUCUGCGCGAGUCUCAAAGGGCUUGCUAGGACCGCAACACCUCAGCUCUCUGUCUCCACUAACGGAGAGGUCCGAGAAACGUUACUCCUCGUCUCCUGUGGUAACCUGUGUGAACGAGCGCUUAUCGAACUCCGCCGUCGAUGGGGCGGUGGAAUUGCCUACCGAGACGACGCCAAGGCACACCCCGGAAAGAGAAGAGGAAUAUCCGCGCGCCGAGCUUACUAUGCGUCCAAUCUCGGCGGGCGCAUGGCCCUUGAUGCAUUCACGGGAACGCUCUGGAAGUCUGUACCCCGUCUUGGAGGACAACCCUGUAGGGAUCAAUCCGCCCUUUACCCGAGUCCGGAAUGGAAGCAUCACGGCUCAGACAGCCGGGACAAUGCCAGAGCAGCCAGUACCCCCUCCACCGUGCGCCUACCCUCCGAACCGCUUUCGCCUGUCAAAGAAUGACUCCAUUUGUUUCUCUUCCUUGAGCUUGGAAACAGCAGACAGCUCCAUCCUCGACGAGAGCCGACGGACGUCAACGAACAUCGACAGCGACUUUACAUCUCCCGCCUUACCCCCUUGCCCUACGUUCGCCCCGUUUGAUGCCAACGAUGUUGGGCGGCUGGAAUUCGACAGGCGCAGCUUCGUCGCACCGAGCUCAGUCGUCCCCGCUCCAUUCGUGUUUCCUCCCACAUCCUCCGCCGUUUGGGAAGGACAGAGGAUUGAGUCAGGACGAACUUCUCCACGUCGUAGCCUGACGGCGCGGAGCCCGACAUCGAUGGAAAGGACUAGCCCACCACCACGACGUAGUGAGUCCGUUUCCGUCGGACAUUCGCGCCGUGAGUCAGCGGUGAGUGUCAAGCCGCUGGACCUAAUUAGUACGCCUCUUCUCAAUGCCGCUGGGUGCAAUGCGGGCUUGCUGCCCUAUUUUAGUCAAAUGCAGCGGAGCCCAGUGCACGCGGACCAGCGAAGGAGCAACGAUCCUUUCUACGUCGGGCCGGCUGCCAAUACCGGCCAGGCUGCCUCUAGAAACAGGCUCUCCGGCACGGCGUCACAGGAGUCUUCUUUGCAGUCGCUGAGCAGCCAUGGGAAGCCACCACUUGCAUCUGCCAUGAAGAGUGGGAAUAGCUUGCGAAAAGGCCACCGGCGCCAGAACUGCGUGCGAAUCUCAAUUCACCCGCCAGUCACCUUCAAUGGACCAGUGUUCUCUCCGACCGCCGAGGAGCCAGAAGACGUCGAGGAAAUCGACUUCCGUCGUUCUCAGGUAUCUGAACUGUCAGCCUCCAAUGUAUCACUGCAGUCGAAUGUCUCCGGCAAUUCAGCGGGCAAGAAAAUCCAGCAAUCUCAGCACAAUGAUCGCCUGCGAGUAAUGGAUGUUUCGGAAGACCGUCAAAGCUCACGCAAAGGGACCCCAAAGAAGCGCAGACAUGCUCGAGGCGACUCAACAGAUAGCAUGCUGAGUAUGAUAAAUGCUGAGAAUUCUCUGCCAGAAAUCGUCACUACAUUGCCAAUCCCCAAGAUUGAAACCAGCUUGCUCAACACCCCUUCUCCCGAGACGGCGAAUAACCCUGCUUGGUUGAUGUCCAGCCAUGCCAGUUCCCCAUCUGCCUAUGAAAACAUGUCUAGUCCAGGCAGCCCUCGUCGCUCGGCCGUGAAAGGGCCGCGCAAUCAGCCGGGUCGGCAGAUGCGCAACAGCUACCGUCCUUCGCAGCCUUUGGAGGACAAUGCGAAACUGUCGUUACGGACUACCUCUCGCCCUCCCCAGAUGCGCAAGGACCCGGCACGGAAACCAUCAGAUCCAGCCCAGCGGUCGAGACCUGCUGCCGACCAAGCAAUGCCACGGAACCAAGGCCCGGCCGGUCAGUCUCCCUAUCCGCCUGGCACAAAACCACCACCCACGCAAUCGCUGCGACACCAUCGACCUCAAAAUCGUCCUCCGCCCCCAUCAAGUAAUCCCAAGUCUCCGGUCAUGCAGACAGGGGGCAUUGUCUCCAUCUGGGAAGACGGGCCGCUGGAGCUCAAAGCGCCGCCCAAAUCGACCGUCUCUUUGGUCAAGGAAAUCCCCGAUGUCCCCGACGUGCCGGCAGGAAAGCCUGUGGAACGAACGAAGAGUCAAGGCCCUGGUGACCGAUCACCCUCCAAGUCCAGCACCAGCCGGUCCAAACCGGAACCGAAGACCCCAACCAGACGGGCAGUUGGCUUGGGCAUUGGUGCUGCCACCCCGGCCAGUUUGUAUGAUGGCGACGGUUUCUUGAAGGAGUAGCCAGCAAGGCAACACUCCGAGAAUAAAAUAAUGUUUCUGGUAAUUGUUUCAGGUCUUGGAUCGGGUUUGCUUAGCGUGUCGGGUGUUUUCUU